CGAAAAACUUCUCUCUCGACAAGACACGAUCGAAAGCACAAAUCCGAUUUUCUCUAAACGACAAUCUCAAUCAAAGCAAAAGACACCAAAAAUAGAACAAAACAAUGCCACCCGCUAGCGUUGCUUCUCUCCCCGAAKGGGACAUGACGAUCAACAAAAUCGACAGCCUCGACGAACUUCACACGAAGCCAACUAUGGAAAACCCGGUCAAGAAGAAGGCCCGAACCGAGAAAGGUACGUACGGUCUUGCACUCGUGCUCUACCGAUGCGUUGAGUCGGAGAGCAGAGCACAAUGUGUUGGAAAUGGAAUUCUUGUUUUGCACUUUAUUGUCUCAACGAACUGCGUUGCUUUGAUUUAUUUUUCUCCUAGACAAUGACGACGAUGACUCAUGUAGGGGCAUUCCAAAGCCGGAGUUCACCAAGAUGGACCACAUCCCUAUCACCACCCAUACCAAUGCCUUUGGGGUCGACCCGGUACCGGUGUUGUGGAGUCACCCCAACCCGGAGGUCCGCGGGCCGAUCAUUUCCACCGUCCGCCACGCGGCUCAGAGGAACGCCAUUGGGGCGCAUCAGGGAAGCUAUUGCAUCUACACCGGGCUUGCGGUAGCGGCGAAAAAACUGGACCCGGACUACGUUCCGAAUUUUAAGGGAACCUCUCCCGUCUUUAAGAUUGGGCCCCAUCCGUCCUGGGCCGAUCCGAAGAAGAUUGCAGGUGUGUUUAUUACGUCGUGGCCGCUGUCUGUCUAUUUUCGAAGUCAUGGACGUGUUCCUUUUUUGUCUUCGUCUUUCAUCUCACCCCAUUAUUCCCACCGAACCAUACCACAUUAGCUCUUGACCCCUUUGGUCACGUGACUACCGAGGUUUACGGAGACUGGCUGAAGAAGGGCUGGUGAGUUGAACAACGU